CCGGACCAGGUGGGAAGGGCCAGGACACACCUGCUGCUGGCAGUGCGCCCCACUCCGCUCGGCCCUUUGCCGAACACCCGGUGCACCUCGGCACCCGUUGGCGCCGCGCAGUACCCCCACCCCGCAGCCUUUCGGUGCCCCGCGGCACCCCUCGGCGCCACUCCCAACCCCGCCUGGCCCGGAAGCGCCGACUGCGCUGCGAUGGCCUCGCUCGGGGACCUGGUGCGCGACUGGCACCGCGGCGCGCAGGCCGUGGAGCGCGGGGACUGGGACGGCGCCCUGCUCCUCUUCUCGCGCGUCCCGGCGCCGCCCGCCAGGAUGUGCUUCAACGUGGGCUGCGUGCACCUGCUGGCCGGGGACACGGACGCCGCGCUGCGGGCGUUUGACCAAGCCGUGACCCAGGACGCCUGCAUGGCCGUUGGCUUCUUCCAGCGAGGCGUGGCCAACUUCCAGCUGGAGAGGUUCCAGGAGGCUCUGUCUGACUUCCGGCAGGCCCUGGCACAGCUGAGGGACAACGCCGCCAUCGACUACACACAGCUGGGCCUGCGGUUCAAGCUGCAGGCCUGGGAGGUGCUGUACAACGUGGCGGCGGCGCAGUGCCGGCUGGGGCUCUGGACUGAGGCGUCCCACAGCCUAGCAGAGGCCACGUCCAAGUGGCCAGAGGGGGCCCAGGACGGCCUAGACACGGCCCUGGCCCAAGUGCAGGCUCAGGGGCUACUGCAGCUGUGGGCCUGGUGGGCCGCUCAGGUCUGCAUCGGCUGGACAACCCCCCCCAGAUACAGGUCCCCCUGCAGCCUCGGCAGGUCCCCAGGGGCGAGAUCUUCCGGCCCCACCGGCGGUACCUGGAGCACCUGGAGCCGGUGGAUUUCCUGGGCAAGGCCAAGGUGGUGGCCUCUGCCCUCCCUGAAGACCGGUGCCCGGGCAUCCAGCCUCAGCAACCGCAGGGCCGGAGCUACAGGCCGCGGAAGAGCCAGUGCCCACCACAGCCCUGCGGAUGCAGAGACAGAGGCAGGGCAGGCUGACCCCCGCCUGUCGGUCUCCUGCCAGGGGCAGAGGCCCCGUGUGGAGCAAGCUGGGGGACAGGUUCCUGCGUCUCCAGGGUUGCUGGCAUCGGGGGGCCCUGUCACUGGCCCCACUGAGGACCCCGCGGGUGCUGGGGGAGCAGCCACCGGUGGCCCCAAGCCCUCAGCCACCGUCACCGUCACCGUGCAGUGUGCCUUCACCGUGGCCAUGGAGGCCCAAAGGGGAGCCGACCUGUCCAGCCUGCGGGCACUGCUGGGGCAGGCCCUGCCUCGCCAGGCCCAGCUGGGGCAGCUCAGUUACCGAGCCCCCGGUGAACGCGGGGAAUGGGUCCCCGUCCCCGGGGAGGAGGCGCUGCAGAGGGCGUGGCUGGACACGGCCGCUGACCCCGGGGGGCUGCAGCUCCAGUGCCAGGUGAGCCGAGGGGUGCGGGCAGGGCAGCCCGGAGGGUGGGGCCUGUCCUCCUGGUGUCCGGCCUGCCCUGCAGCCCCCAUCCCGCCGCAGGGGGUAGGGGGCCGGCCCGUCCUCUACCAGGUGAUGGCCCAGCACAGCUAUGCAGCCCAGGGGCCCGAGGACCUGGACUUCGAGCAGGGGGACACGGUGGACGUCCUGUGUGAAGUGGACCAGGCCUGGCUGGAGGGCCACCACGACGGCCGCGUGGGCAUCUUCCCCAAGUGCUUCGUGGCCCCUGCCCGCCGCCGCCUGUGAGGAGCUCCCCGGCCCUGGGCCCCGGCAGGGAGGGUCAGCCCUGGGAAAUCCUGUGCUCAGGAGGCUUUAAUAAAAACGCCCCCCACGGUGUGG